ACUUGAAAUUUUACUCUACAAACUUGAGGAAAAUCAAAGUUGGAUCAACAAGAAGACACAAAACAAAGAUCUAAACUUGAAGAACAAAAGGAAGCACUAACAGCAUGGAUGAACGCGAAUUUCAACGCCUUCUUCUCCUCUUCCCUGUCAUCCGAACACCCGAUUACUGUCAAGCCGACGCAGAAUCUUCAGGUCAAUCUACCUCACAGGCAGAAAAGAAUGAGGAGGCACUAGAGUGGCAAGAUGCUUGGAGUGAGCAAGAAACCAAUAACCAAGAUGUCUUCUGGGAUAAGUUAAAAUCUACAGCAGGAAAAAAGGUUGGCUCGGGUGAGGCAGAGAAGUUCUGCAACGCGUUCCAGAAAAUUUACCAGAAACUUGUGCAUGAAGAGCUAAGCAGAGAGACGAUGGAAAGCUUCUUAAACUCAUCUGAAUCUGUUAACUGAUUCAAUUUUUCCGGUUUUGCACGUUUUUCCAAUUAACAUGAAGCAAUUGCCUAGAUUUUAAGAUGAUGCAUCAACAAUGUAUGUAACUCCAUUUAUGUUAUGUUGAUUCACGACGAAAAAUUGUUGCUAAUACAAGACUAUGUAAUGUAAGCGACUUUUAAGGGUUUGUACUAGAAAUUUUAAGUUACUAUGGAGUACUUAACCUGUA